CGAAUCUAUUGCAUACUCCUAUCUUCCAUUCGAUUUUUAACCUGCUCGCAACUUCUAGAUAAAUCUUUCUCUGUGUACUGUUGAAUCUUUGAAUGUUUUUCCCUUUCCCACUCCACCCUCGCCUAGCUUUAUUUACCAUUUCACCAUCAGUCAAACAAAUUCACGUCAGUUAAUUCUGCUUUCUCACUUGACUCGAGUGGUAACUUGUGCGUAUAGUGGUUUGGUUUACAUUUUUAUACGUAAUUGUCUUUUGGUGUUCGCGGGUGUAAACGUCAAUUUUUCAUAAACAAUUGUUUUUACUUUUUAAUAUUAUCGAUUAAAUUGAUUCAUCAUGUUGCAUGGCCAUGUGAAGUACGCGUCAAAGGGAUCAUUCGCAUACGUUCCACCUAUCCGAAGAGAUGUAGCAGUGAAUAGUCCAAUAAAUAAAGUGGUUGUCGGUAUAGAUUUAGGUGGCACUCGUACCCGUGUGGCGAUUAUGCAUCCAUCGAGGGACGAUGUAAACGUAAUGGAACCGAUAGUUGUCCGAGAUAUGCCAUCGGUAGUUUCUAUCCUUCCAGAUGGUAAAUGUAUCGUUGGUUGGUACGCUGAAAAAAGGAAACUUUCAAGUCCUUUAAAUACUUUCCACGGAACGAGACGUUUGACCGGUAGACGCUACAACGAUCCCGUAGUAAUAGAAUCGAUAAAUCGUGUUAAGUAUCACAUUUACGAGUCGCCUGACGGCCAUGCCUGGUUGGUGUCUACUAAUCGCUGUAGAAUUUUCACUCCCGCUCAGAUAGAAGCUCUGCUGAUAUUAAAGAUAAAGGAAAUUUGCGAAGAGCAUUUGAACUCGUAUAUACCGGUAGACAAAGUCGUGCUCACUGUUCCGCCGUAUUUUAAUGAUUCCCAAGUUCAAAUCGCCAAAAGAGUUGGGAAAAUCGCCGGAGUGGAUAUCGUGGAUGUAAUAAGUUCUCCUGUUGCCGCCGUCCUCGCUUAUUCUUCGGUUUCUAAUAUCGUUCAAGAUAGUAAAAUCACGGCUGUGUACGAUUUCGGUGGCAGUACUUUCAAUCUGACCGUUUUAAAAGUCUGCGAAGGCGUUACCUUUCCCGAAGUCAUUUUUACUGUUGGAGAUCUAUUUUUAGGCGGUGAAAACUUCGAUGAGGUGUUAUCCAAUUACUUCGCCUCCGAAUUGAAACGUAUACUAGGAAUCGAUGUUACGUUGUGUACGACUUUCAAGCAGUUCCUCAAAGAGGCAGCCGAAAACGCGAAAAAGGAUUUAUCCAUUUAUACCGAAGUCGACGUGAAAUUUUGGUCUACCAAUAUGCCUAAAGAGACUCCGAAAGUUGACGACGUAAUCAUAAAGCUGACCAGAGAUAAAUUCGAGGUAUUAGUCGCAGACUUAAUCAACAAAACUAUUAAUAUUUGCCAAACGGCCUUAAAAGAUGCCAAAAUAUCCGUAUCAGAUGUCCAUGAAGUUUUAGCCAUCGGUGGUACUUGCAGAAUACCAAAGGUAAGAAGCGCCGUUGAAAGCAUUUUUGGUAAGCCGCCAGUUGAACUUGACGGUAAAAUCAUUAACCGUGGAAACGCUGUAGCAGCCGGAGCAGCCCUUCGAGCAUACGAUUUAAGAGAUGAAAUCUCCCACGACCCAGACGAAUUGCCUGGUCCUCCAAUCAAUAUUCCAAACCCUGUGACGGAGACUGAAUUAUUUACGUUUAUAAUGUCGGAUGGCAAAGUAGAUGUUGGGGCCAUUCAGAGAAAUACCUUAAAAAAAAACAUAUUGUAUCUGCACACCGAAGAACAAGCUGAUUUAUACAUCAUGAGACUCAAGUUAUGUAUGCCAUUAGAGCCCGGAGAAGAUGUUGGCGACGUUCAUUAUAUUAAGACCUACCACCAGAAGAUGGAAUGGAGGAGAGAAAUGGAAGAGCGCCCACGCGAAUCGAUAGAAAAAUACAUUGAGACGUUGCGAAUAAGAAAAGAUAAGUUCGUGCAAAACGAAAUAACUCGUGAAUUAUCUUCAUCUACCUCGGAGGAUUUUAAUUUUGAUGCCCUCUAAAAAAUCGUGAAAUUUUCCCUCUGUCGGUGUUUGGAAUUUGAAAAACGAACUGUUCAUCGCGUGAAAAAAAUAUUUUUUGUAUUUUGGAAAACCUUUUUGAAAUUUGCAAUAUUCGGAAUGAUUUAAUUUUCAAGUCGAUCCACUUUACCUAGCAAUCUUAACCCGAAUUACAAAACAAUUGAUUAAAAAAAUUGGCUAGUCGAUUAAAGAUUUCUCGAAUCAUUUUCAUUUUAAUUGAAUUUUGAGCCAGGAUAUUAUUCUUAAUUUUUAAAUGGGUGUAAAAGCUCGAGAUAAA